AUGGUUCGAUCAAAGGCCGCAUUCCUCCUGUUGACGGCGAUCGCCGCGACCACCAGCACACAAGCCAUCGACUGGACCUUCUGGAACGAUGACAACGAUACCACCGCCUCGACCGGAUCGAACACGGGCCUCGAGACCCUGUCACCCGAAGUGCUCAAGGAUAUGAUGGGCUCCGACUACAUGGACGCCGUCAAUGAAAUGGCCUUGCCUUCCAAGGCCGUGAGCAAGUACCCGUCGACGUACCGCAACUGGGUCGGACCAUGGAGCCAAUCGGCUGAUUCGGCGUGCUAUCGCGAAGCUCACAUCAUGAAGACAUGCCCCAGCAACUACGACCGCAACGACCUGACCAACACGUGCUGGACCGAGUGCCCCAUGGACUACCCGGUCGAGUGCGGGAUGCAGUGCAUCCAGCAGAACAACGACUGCGGGCGUGAAACUAUCGCCAAGGUGUCGGCUCUGGCCAUGUCCAUCUUGAGUUCGGCCAGCUUCGGCGUCUUUGGAACGCUCGCCAAGCUCGGCAAGACCGUGUCGACGGCUGUCAACUGUGUCAACAUGAUGCUCGUCGCAGUGAGAGCGAUCGUGCGUUUCACGCGUAACCAAAUGGUGAACGAGCCGCAGACGUCUCAGGAGAAGCUUCUACUGCUGCUCUACCAGACGAACUUUGUCGUCGGCGAUCUGCCCGCUGCGAUCUGGGUGUGCCAGGGCAAGAGCUACCCUGCCGGCCUGAGGAUGACGCGUGGUCUGCUCCCCACUGCUCAAUACAUCUUGCUGCUGGUGCUCAGCUACGACGACGACAUCAUUAACAGUUGGGAGAAGUUCAAGGCCUUCAUGAAGAGGGCCAACUUCACGGAGGCUGCCGAGGCCAUCACGGAUGGUGAGAUCUCGAGUCUACAAACGGGAAUGGACCAGAACACGACGUGCGGUGAUCAACUGCGGUCGCUGACGAGCCAGGUCUGGAUGACGGUGAACGAGUACCGCGAGGACAACCCCAAGAUCAAGGAGUCGGAGCUACGCCUGAAGCUCAGCCAGUCGGACUUGAUGCUGUACGACGUCGCCACGGUGACCAACAACUGCAUGAACCAAAUGGCCUCCGAGUCGUCGGUGGCCACCGCCUACAAGACCCGUGAGACUUUGCGCAAGACCUAUGGAGUGAUAAUCGACGACCUCAUCAAGGACGGCAAGAGCGACAACGGUACGUCCAUGGCCGCCAAGCACAACGCCUACGUGUGGCUGGACAACGCCAUCACCUUCGUCUCAGUCGCUUCAGUCCUCAUCGACCCCACAGAUCUGUCGACGCUGUUUGCCGAAUAUCUCCAGACGAUCUGCGGUCCGACGCAGUUCAUGGGCGAGAUCGACGAUGGCGAUGAGGCCGCCACUCUGGGCAUGAACGCGCUCCAUAAGGCCUUCAAGAACAGCACGCUCUCGUGGACCAGGAAGGGCGACGGCGCUGUCAUUAUUAACUUCAAGAGCAAGGACACGAAGGAUGUGACGGUCAACAUCAUGUCUGGAGGUGAUAAGGUCGACGAAGUGGACGUCAAAGCUGGAGGCACUGCCCAGUGGAAAUCAAAUGUCACGGCUCUGGGUGGCAAGACGCUGUACCUGGAUCGGUGGCGUCCCGGUUUCCUGGGACUUCCAGGCACGGGCGGAGGCUCGCUCGUCAUGUGGGUGCCCAUCGCCCGCGACGGAGGGCACUUGGAGGUGAACGCCCAGCUCAAUGUGAGCUAA